AUGCCACUUUUCAGCUGGAUGAAGUGGCCGAGAAAUAAUUCCUACAAGCAGACACACUAUGCUGGUUCAGAUACGGUGACAAAGACCCUGCUUCGGGAAUUAAAAUGGCAUCUAAAAGAGCGUGAGAGAUUAAUACAAGAGAUCGAAAAUGAACAAAAAGUGAAAAAAACAGGUGUGGAUUACAACUGGCUGAGAAACUACCAGAAUCCUCAGGCAACCAUCCCAGCUACCGAACAAAGACAGCUUGAAGUUCUUUGUUCCCAAGUGCACCCUUGUCAAACCGGAACUAUUCUCAGCAGAUUUCGAGAACUUCUGGCAGAAAAUGAUGUACUUCCCUGGGAAAUAGUCUACAUCUUCAAGCAAGUUCUGAAAGACUUCCUCAGCAGUCCUGACAGAGGUGGUCGGCACGCUGGCCUGUGGGACUCUGCCGCCAGCUGUUCCCCAGCCCCUGUGCUCUCAGGCGAAAGCUCCCAGAGGUCCCACAAAGACGAAAUACCCACGAUUUCAAGUUAUGUAGACAGAAACGCCAACAGCAGGCUUCCAUCAUGUUCACACACAGUGUGGAACCGGCCGCACUACUACCCAUCAAGUUAA